AUGUUUUUCCGCGCUUAUGAUGGUACCAUAAAUCACGCUCUUCAAGGCUUGGACCAGUUGGCGCUUCCGACGGAUCAGCGGGAGUGGGAAGAGGGAAUUAUUGAGCUGCAGCCCAGUGCAACGUAUGAGAACCAGCCUGAUGUGCAAGAGUAUCUGAAACUGUUGGGCAGCGAUAUGGCCCAAGACAGAGAUGAUCAGAUCGACGAAGGACGGAAGAAGUUGCUAGACGCAAGCCAGAAGGGAUUUGGCCAUUUCUGGGCACAGCUGCUCAGUGACCCGUGUAUCCGUGCCAAGAUCGGUCACGAUGUUCUGGAUAGAACCUACACUGAACACUCGGAAAAGUAUAGGUGGGAUUCGGUGCUCACUAUUGUCUCGGAAGGUCGUGGAUAG